UUUGCAAGAAGAAAAACGGCUUCUGGAAAACGUAUAUGAAAGAAUUCCAAAACAAAGGGUAAAUAAGAAAAUUAAACAGUUGAAAGAAAAUUGUGAUGAGCUCUGCAAAGAAGUAAUCCAAAGAAAAGCAGAAAUUAAUGCAAUAAAGGAAGAUGUUUCAUCCAAGCAAAAGCUGAUGUUAAUAGACAAGAAGGAAGUGGAAAAGAUUCUGGAGAAGCAGGCUAAUUUAAAAGAUGAGCUAGUUAAGAUCCUCGGUGUUCCAGCACAACUUGGAAAAGAAACUGAGAAGACAAAUCGGAAAAAAAAUGAUGCAGAGAAGAAGAAAGAAGCCCUUAAUGACCAAGUAGAAGAGCUGAAUGGUACCCUGAAAGCCAUUGAAAAAAGGACUGAAGAGAUUUUGCAAGAAAGAGAAGAUGUAAUGAAGGAAUUGGAUGGGAAACAAAUUUUGCUAGAAAGCAAAGAACGAGAAUGCAUUACUUUGACAAAAUUACUAGAAAUUAGCAGAGAGAAGGAAUCAGCGAUCCUAUCAGACAGAGAAGCUCUGGAUGACAACUUAAAUAAAUGUGUCUUGGAGAAAAAAACCCAACAUGAUAUUCUCAUUCACAAGCAAAUGCAGAAAGAGAGAGAACUGAGAAAUUUAAAAAAGAUGGAAUUAAAACUGCAUAUGAUUUAUGAUUCCUUGGAACAAGAUAAGUCACAGCAUAAAAGACUCAAAUUAGAGGCAGAAGCCAUCCCUAAAAGUAAUGGAUUAUUAUUAGAAAGACGACGUGAACUGCAGAAGGAAAUUGAAAUGACCAAGAGAAGUUUAGCCAAACAGGAAAUGAUAUCAGAUAUGGAUGCCCACGUUCUAGAAGAAUGUAUUGCUGAAGAACGCCGACUUUUCAAAGAGCAGGAAAAAUGCAGAGACGAGUUAUCCAGACUUGCACAUCUGACUUGGCUUAAAAUUGAAGAGAAAGAACAGAAAUCUAGGGAUGUUCAGAAAGCCCAGAUACAACUCCAAAAUAUUAUUAAAGAAAUAAAAAGAAAAGAUCUUGAAAUAAGAGAGUAUCAAAAGAGGAGCAGAGAAAUCCAAAAACAACUCCAAGGAUUUGCUAAAAUGUAUGAUGCUAUCCAAAAUGAAAGGAAUAAAUGUAUAAAUUUGGUGCACAUUGCUCAGCAGAAAGCAAAUGAAAUUAAAAACCGGGUCAAGUUGCUAGGAAAUGAAAUAGAAAAUUUAAGGAAUAUUGUAACAACCAAGGAAAGAAAAUUGCAGAAACAACAUCUGAAGAAUACAAAUAAUGUAGCAAUUACAGACAGUCUCAAAAGUGAUUAUUGCAAAAUUGUACAAAUCAUACACGAGAUGAAAGAAAAGAAAAAGCAACGGUGUCUGGAUCUUGAGAGGCUUACCCAUACGGUCACCCACAUUGAAGAGGAAAUGGGGCAGCUACGCAAAAAAUAUCAAAGGGCUAUUCAGCAACGAAAUGAGAGUGGUCUUCUGCUCAGAAAUCGAGAAGAAGAACUAUGCAUUUUAUAUGAAAAACUAAACAUGCAAGAAAUGUUGUGUAGAAAUGGAGAUAUUGAGAUGCAAGUUAUGGACGAAAAGAUCAGAUUUCUGAAGCUGAAGGUAGCUGAGAAAAAGAGACAGAUUAAAUUGUGCUUCAAAGCUCUCCCAGUGAAAAAUGCCCUGGAUGAACAUCUGGUGGUACUUCAGAUACAGUAUUCCCAGUGCAAGGACAGGAUUAAACGGAUGGAGGAAAUCUUUGCUGACUCCGCGAAUGAGAGAAGAAAGCGAGACUUGGGAGGGAAGGACCCGUCUCCACCUGAGCUGCUAAAAAAGAUUGAGCAG